UCCUCUUUCCACCGCAUCUUUCCACCGCUCUAUACAUCGUGUCCUCAUGGCGAAAAACAACAAGGCGGCGACGAAAGCAACACACCCGCCACCACCGCCGGGCGACUCGCUCACGACGGACCCGCUGCCCACCGUCACCGUCAACAACGCCAACGUCGCCGAGAUCAAGUCCGCGCUGGACGACAUUGUCAGGAAAUACCUCCUCGACCAGUCCUUCACGCCGUCGCUCCUGCACCCGACCGUCCACCUCGCCCUCGGCUAUGCGUCCGUGGUGCUCGCGCUCUCGUCUGUGGCGUACUCGCUGCGUGUGAGCUUUGACGACAGCAAGCCGGUGCUGUGGGCCGCGGUGGUCGGGUACUGCGUGCUGCAGACCGCACUGUGGGCGUGGAAGCGGUGGGUGGAGAAGGACGAGGUGUUCAGAGGCAAGCGGCGCCGGAUGGUGAAGCGUAUCGAGACGGACCACCUCCAGGUCGUCACCAGCAGCCCGCUCGCUGCCCCCGGGCCCAGCUACGCCGUCCACCUCGCGCUCUCCACCACGUCCAACAACGGCAAGUCGCUCAUCCACAAGUCCCGCGUCGUCGUCUCCAGAGGUGUCGGCGAGUUUGUAGACGACGACGGCGGCGUCGAGGAGGGCGAGGUGAAGCGGUGGCUCGCGGGUGUGCUGGCGGACGCUGGGCUUGUGGGCGUCGACGACGGGCUCAAGGAGUAGAGGGAUAUGCAUGUAUAUAGUAACGCAUUCUGCACUAUGCAACU